AUGAGACUCUCUGCCCCCGCAUUUUUUUGUUCUUUUUUUUUUUUUUUUUUUUUUUGUUCUGUUGUUGGGGGUAAAAGUUUAAUCGAGAAGGUAACGAAAAAGGGAGAUCUCGAUCUGGUAUUAUUAUUUGAUGUAGUAGUUAAAGAUAUAAAAGAUAGCAACCAUGUAGCGGCUCUAAAAAACAUUGUGAACUUAGGAAAAGAGUUGUUAGUCAAGAGUGAAAGGAAUGUUAAACUAACGUACAUUGUAUAUGACAACAUCAGUGUGGAAACGAUGAUAAGUGUAAGCAAUAAUGGAAUGCUCAGUAGUGUCGGAGAAGACAUUAGUAAAAUCAGUGGUAGCAAAUCGAGCUUUGAAAAUUUCAGAAGGGAAGUGUUGAGCACUAGCAUAAUGCAGUCGGACAGGGGCUCCCAACAUCUGAAGGCACUAAAUUAUGUGGGGUUAAAACAUUUUUAUAAUUCAGAUGAAGAGUCCACAAAUAUGGUGAUAAUGUUUAUAAAUUCAGAUGGAGAUAAUAUUUCACAAGAUAAGACAGAUUUUAAUAUAGUUCAUUAUUUAUUGGAUAGAAAAAAUAUUACACUGAAUAUAAUAACUAAAGUAAAUUUUAUAUCCAGUUGUCAUUAUAUACAUAAUAUUGGUCCUAAUACAAAUGAGUUACUAAGAUGUGUGUUAAAAAAUUCAUAUUAUAGUAAUAAAGUAUUAAAACAUACAUUUGAAAAAUUUUAUGAUGAUUUACCUAAAAAUGCUGUAUGUAGUGAAUGGACAGAAUGGUCUAAAUGUUCUGUCACAUGUAACAUGGGAUAUCAUUAUACUAAGAGAGAAACACCAAAUAAUAUAAUUAACCCACAAAAGGGAUUAUAUAAAAGAACAGGUAAAUCUUGUUUAGAACAAAGAAGUUUAAUUAUACAAGAGUGUUUCAAUACUAGUUGUGAUCAUUCACUAGAUGUAUGUGACACUGAAUUUGAUCUGUCCAUUUUAGUAGACGAUUCUUCUAAAAUAUUACAAAGCUUCUGGUUAAAAUAUAUUGUUCAGCCAAUUAGAAAAUUAAUAGCACAUUUCAAUAUUAAUGAGAACCUUGUAAAUAUUUCUUUAACUACGUUUUCUAAUGAUGUAUAUAACUGGGUUGACUUCUCUAGUAGUAUGUCUAGAAAUAGAGAUGAACUACUCACAUUCUUAGAAUAUUGCAGAUAUAAUUUAGGUGGCUAUUCAAAAAAUAUUAAUAAAGCACUUAACUUUGUUCAUGAUAAGGUAUUAAACACAAAUGUAUUAAGGCCAAAUGCCAAGAAAGUCCUCCUUGUUAUCAGCACUGCAGAAAUGGAUGGCAGCACCACAGAACAAGUCCGACAAACAGUUGAAAAAAUCAAGAACCGCUACGAUGCGCAGAUUUACUACGUUUCGCUCAGCACCGCGCAGGGGCAAAGUGCGGAUGCGUCAUGCGCUUCCAGUAGUUAUAGCAGCGGUGGUGAUGGGGGCUUCCCCUCACAAGAUGGUCAGAAAAAUUAUUUUUUUUAUUCCCAAGGAAACUUAUUCACUAUAAAGAACACAAUUAUGGAUUUACAAAAAGUAAUUUGCCAGAAACUUAGCGACAAUACUUCUCCGUCGAGAAGGAAAAUGGAAGCAGAAAAGGAUCCCCCCCAGGCUAGUGAUGCUACUGGCAAUACCAAUAUUGCUGCUACUACAGAUGCUGCUGCUUCUACCGAUGCUGCUGCUUCUAGAGAUGCUGCUACUUCUACCGAUGCUGCUGCUUCUAGAGAUGCUGCUGCUUCUACCGAUGCUGCUGUUUCUAGAGAUGCUGCUGCUUCUACCGAUGCUGCUGCUUCUACCGAUGCUGCUGCUACUACAGAUGCUGCUGCUACUACAGAUGCUGCUGCUUCUACCGAUGCUGUUGCUUCUACCGAUGCUGCUGCUACUACAGAUGCUGCUGCUACUACAGAUGCUGCUGCUUCUACCGAUGCUGCUGCUACUACAGAUGCUGCUGCUUCUACCGAUGCUGCUGCUAUUACCGAUGCUGCUGCUACUACCGAUGCCAGUGACGAAGUAGGAGAGCGGGAUGGUCCGACCAUUGAAGCUGAAGAAAAUGAAAAGGAAUCCAGACAAAAGAGCCAAACUGAUAAGAUAGGAAAUUUAGAAAAAAUAAAAUCAUACAUGAUGAAAAGUGCAUUAAGCUCUUAUUCUCUUAAUGAGGACAAUGAUGACAGUAUACAAUUCAAAAAAAGUAGAGACAUGUUUAAGUCAAUAAACGAUAUAGACAAAAUAAACAACUACAAUAAGAACAAUAACAAUAAUGAUUAUAAUAAUAGAAGUAACAGUAGUAAUAACACUAGCGGCAAUAAUAAUUAUUAUGACUAUGAUGAUGAUGAUGGUGAUGAGGGAGCUUCAACAAGUUAUCGAGACAGCAUCCCUCUGAGGAAGUACAAAUCUGCAUAUAACUUAGCCCCAUUACCAAAAAAUAAAAGUAAAAAUAAAAAUUUAAUAAAUAAAUUAUUUAAAAUCUUGUUCAGGAAAAAAAAAAAAUAUCGUAUUAAACAUGUGCAGUCAGAUGAUAGAGACAAGAUGAAAAACUUUAUAGAAAAUAUAAAAAAAUUGGACGGAACAGAUGAAGAAAGAGAUGGAAAGGAAAAAGAAAUAAUGACCCAGUUUCAUUCUCUUUUAGAGGAUAUAUUUAAAAAUGCAAGAAAAAAUUCUGACCAGGCAGGUAUGAGUGUAGAUACAAAUCUAGAUCGUUUUGAUGAUAGCGAUGAUGAUAAUUCAUCAAAUCAGUUUAGUAUUUUCCCUUCAGUAGAUGGAAGUUACAACUCGCAUCCGCAGGGGAGUGUAUCCCAUAGUUGGUACUAUAUAAAUCCAGAUGCAGUUUUCAAUAUAGACAGUAUACAAGAAGGAAACAUACAAAACAAAGGUGAUAACUAUGAAAACAAAUUUAAGCAAAAAACAGAAACAGAUAUAAACAUCCUUGGAACCAAUAUGCACGAUCUAUAUGAUAAAAUUAGAGAAGAAGGAACAAAAAAUAAAAAGAAUAAAAAAAAGAAAAUAAAAAAAAAAAAUAAAAAUAAAAAUAAAAACAUUUCAGACGAAACGACAAAGGAUGGCAUGCCAAGUCAAGUUGAUGAUAAUUUAACAGACACAAAGACGUAUGUACGUAGAAGGAAAAGAUCUAUAAAUUUUGAAGAGGGGUUAGACGACCCCAUUGAGAGGGGAAAGGAGUGCACCGUAGCUGAUACUAGUAGUAAUAACUUUUCAACGAAUAUCAUAAAAAAGGAAGGUAAGGAUGUCGAAGGGCAUGUAUUACAUACUGGAAAAGGAAUUGAUGCACACUCAAACCAGCAAGAGGAAAAUACUGCUACAGAUAGUACAGCUGGAAGUGAACACAUAAAUUUAGAAAACGUCGAAAAUUUGCAGGGUAAUCAUUCGUCUAAUGUACCUAAGGACAAAGCCAAUGCAGACACAAAGAUGGACAAGAAUAAAGAUAUUAGCAGUGAGCAGCAGGGGGGAAACAAUAAUGCUGCAAGUAAGAGCACAAGUGAUGAUGGUACUAGUACGAGCUUUGAUGGUAACGGCUCUCCCAAUGACUCAACGUGCACAGAGCCAUUCAGCAGAAAGGGAAAAAAUUGCAAGAAAAAAAAAAAUAUCUCUAAAUAUGAUAUAAUCAACAUGUUCAGACGCAAACGGAAUUUGGAAAAUGGCUUUAUAAACUUUUCCUUUGACAAUGAUCAAGCAUCACCUACUCGAGAGAAUGCCCCUGUGUCGUCUGAUGAAAAUGAAGAAUAUGAAAAAAGAAAAAAUCAACUAGGGGAAGUAGCAAACGUAGCAAGUUCAGCAGACACAGCGAACGAAGAGACACAACUUUUGGACGAGAAAAAAGAUACGACGCUAUCUAGGAAAAAUACAAUUGCAAAAAUGAAUAGACAAAAUGAUAAGGAUGAAAGUAAUAUCAUAAAUAAUACAGAAGAUUCAGAGUUAUGGAAUAGUAUGAAUCUCCAGUGGCAGUUUGAAAUGGAAGACCUUAAGAAUAGUUAUAUGGGUAAAAAAGAUAAUAGAGAGAGUAAAGAUGACAAUGAAAAUACAUACACUUAUGUGUAUCAAUCAGCUGCUUCACUCAUCUUAGCUGCUAUUUUACUUGCAACUGCUUCAAUGUAUUAUGUAAGUAAAAAAAAUAAUAAAAAUAGCACCAUAACAGGUACUACAGAUAUUAACGAUUUUGUUAUUAUAACAUCCACUCCAAAACAUCAAGAAACUAAGGAUCAGAUCAUUGACACAAUGAAUAAUAUGUCGUGGAAGUAA